AUGAAUACACCAUCAGAAGCACGUGGAGCCUAUGCCCUAGGGAUCCUUCAGCAGUGGUCUAAAGAUGGCUCUCACUCUGCUGAAGAGCUCAUUGACGAGAUUGAGAAAAAAUGCGUACCGGGAGCUGGAGCGUGUGCUGGUAUGUAUACAGCAAAUAGCCUUGCCACGGUCAUAGAAACGUUGGGAUUGUCUCUACCAGGAUCAUCUAGUUCCCCGGCAUUAUCACCGGCUAAGAUGCGUGAGUGUGACCGGGUUGGCAGUGCGAUCAAGACGUGUUUAGAACAGAACAUUCGGCCAUCCGAUAUCUUGACAAAAAGGUCCUUUGAAAAUGCACUCACCAUGAUGAUGAUACUGGGAGGCUCGACUAAUUCAGUGCUACACAUUCUUGCCAUGGCAAAUACGGCGAAUGUUGAUAUUAAUCUUGGUGAUAUCCAGCGCAUAUCGUCGAAGACACCAUUCCUCGCCGAUAUGGCGCCGAGCGGCAAACACCACAUGGAAGAUCUCUUCGAAAUUGGCGGCGUGCCGUCCGUCAUGAAGAUGCUUGUUGCAGCUGGUUUACUCGAUGGCUCAACUCCCACCGUGACAGGGAAGUCGCUGGAAGAAAACGUGAAAUCGUGGCCAUCGCUCCCACAGGGUCAGGAGAUCAUUCGAUCGCUUGAUAAUCCGGUCAAAGCUACCGGUCAUAUUCAGAUUCUUCGAGGGAAUAUUGCUCCCGGUGGUGCUGUUGCAAAAAUCACGGGAAAACAGGGAUUGGAGUUCACCGGAAAAGCAAGAGUCUUUGACAAAGAAUCUGAAUUGUGUCUCGCAUUGGAUAAAAACCUCAUACCUCGCGAUGAGAAUAUCGUCCUUGUCGUUCGAUACGAGGGGCCGAAGGGUGGUCCCGGCAUGCCGGAACAACUCAGAGCCUCCGGUACUCUGAUAGGAGCCGGUUACAAGAAAGUAGCACUAAUAACUGACGGAAGAUACUCCGGAGCAAGCCAUGGGCUGAUCGUUGGACACGCCGUGCCCGAAGCAGCCGUCGGUGGACCUAUCGCUGUGGUUAAGGACGGAGAUAUCAUCAAAAUCGAUGCGAGGACUGGUCUACUAGAGAUGCCAUACGUUUCUGAUGAGGAAAUUCAAGAACGUUUAAAGGGUUGGAAACCUCCAAAGUUUCCUGUAAAGAGAGGGACACUCGCAAAAUACGCCUCUCUUGUUGGAAAUGCUUCGCAGGGUGCGGUCACAGACCUCUUUUGA